AAUUUUACCUAACGUAACAGGCAACAACAAUAACCCCCUAAACCAAACCAAACAAUUUUUUUUUUCUUUAUUCUAUUUCUUCUACCUAAAGAAAAAAUCCAAGAUCAGAUCACAAUUUCUCUGUUAAAUCUUGUAUACUUGUGCUCUUCUACACCAUUUGAAUCUAUUAACUGAAAAAAAAAAGCUCAGAUUGUUGAACUUAUUUUGGUCAUCAGUGAAUUGGAUUGGGGAGCUCACUUCUGAUUUUCAAUCACUUCUUAGGUGUGUUUAUCAGAUAUUAUAGUGUCGAUUCGAAGUUCUAAAGGGUUCACCACAAUAAGUUUGGUAAAGAUAACUGGAAAAUAUAGUGCUAUAUAGACGACUGGGCGGAUUCGCUUGGUUGUCGAUGGGAGAUUGAUGGCUUUGAUUGUGGAGGAUAAAGGAGAUGGUAGAGAGUGAUUUGAUUAUAGAGAAGGUUGAGGAGAGUGCAACUGACAGCUUUCGGAGGGCGCCUUCUUUCUCGGGCUGGUGUGAUGAUAAUGACAUCGCCCAUUCAGCUCAACUAGGGAAUGCUCGUACACUCACUGACGACUUUGACUUUGAGCUGCCACUGGUUAAUCAAAACAGUAUAGGAAAUGGAUCUGUAAACGUAGAUACGCAAGAUUAUAACUUUAAGCAGAGGAUGAAAGGUGGUGGUGAUUUGGGUGUUGCAUCUACUGGAAAUGGAAAAGAUAGAUAUGUUCCGUUUGAUGUGGAGAAUGGUCCUACAAGUAACCAUACAUAUCCAAAUGCGUCACAAACAAUUUCGAAGAAUGUUGUUUCUGUUGCUGAUGUGCUGAAGACACUGUUUUUAGUACUUGUAUGGUACACAUUCAGUACAUUCUUAACAUUGUAUAAUAAAACUCUUCUAGGGGAUCAUCUAGGGAGAUUCCCUGCUCCUUUACUGAUGAAUACAUUCCACUUUGCAAUGCAAGCCAUUUUGUCCAAAGGAAUUACCUGGUUCUGGUCUCGAAAAUUUCAACCCACUGUAAUGAUGACUUGGAGAGAUUAUUUUUUGAGAGUUGUACCCACAGCUCUCAGUACGGCAAUGGAUGUCAACCUCAGCAAUGCAUCCCUCGUUUUCAUAUCAGUGACAUUUGCUACUAUGUGCAAAUCUGCAGCACCGAUCUUUCUCCUGCUCUUCGCUUUUGUUUUCAGGUUGGAGUCCCCGAGUUUGAAGCUGUUAGGGAUCAUGUUGAUUAUUUCUAUUGGGGUAUUAUUAACAGUUGCAAAGGAAACGGAGUUUGAGUUUUGGGGGUUUAUCUUUGUAAUGCUAGCUGCUGUUAUGUCUGGGUUCCGCUGGACUAUGACUCAGAUACUUCUGCAGAAAGAAAUCUAUGGUUUAAAAAAUCCACUCACGCUAAUGAGCUACGUUACUCCAGUAAUGGCUCUUUCAACUGCUAUGCUGUCUCUUAUAUUUGAUCCAUGGCAAGAGUUUGGAAGCAGCAGUUACUUCGAUAGCUCAUGGCACAUAACUAGAAGUUGUUUGCUGAUGCUUUUUGGUGGAACCUUGGCUUUCUUUAUGGUAUUGACGGAAUAUAUUCUUGUCUCAGUUACUAGUGCAGUAACAGUGACAAUAGCAGGAGUCGUAAAGGAGGCGGUCACUAUCGUGGUUGCUGUGUUUUACUUCCAUGAUAAGUUUACCUGGAUGAAAGGGAUCGGUCUCCUGACAAUAAUGCUUGGUGUCAGUUUGUUUAAUUGGUACAAGUAUGACAAACUACAGAAAGGUAACCUAAGUGAAGAUGAAAUGUCACGAUCCUCGACUCAAAAUGCAGCUGCAAAAUAUGUUAUUCUUGAAGAAUGGGAAGAUCAAGAUGAUGAUCCUUGAAGUUCCCAUACUACGUUAUCUGCAUUUGCAAACCUAAUGAUUGCUGGCAAUGCUGAUAUCAAGAGAGGAUGAGUUGCCAUGUUUGAAUUUAUACCAAAUGGGACAAAAAUGGCAUCAUCGGUUUGGUCUUUAUUGGGCUUGACCCUUCCGUGGACAGCCUCUGAUCAGUUUGCUGGUGAAAGAAAGAAGCUUUUGUUCAUCAUUAUUGUUGGUAAAAAGAUUGAUCAGUUUCCAUACAUAAUCCUAAGGAGCUCAUUUUUGUUAAAACAAAUUUUCUUCACUGUUGUAUUUCUAUGAAAUUUUCAUCCUCAUUUAUUCAAAUAUUUUCCAGGUGUAUCUCCUCGUUGUAAUAUGACCUUAGUACGCGUCGAUUUUAGAUCUUUAGUUCACAUGUAAAACAUGUUUGUCAUUGUAUUUUAAACGGGUUUUUGCUUUGAUUUCAAGGAAUUUUGUCAGCUAA